AUGUCUGUGAAGGUCGCCGUCCGUUGCAGGCCUCUUAUUCUCGAUGAGCGGAAAGACAAUUCGGUGGUCAUUGUACGUAUGAACAACAACGAGGUGACGGUUCUGGAUUGCUUGGAGGGAGUCGGUGGAAAGUUUUGUUUUGACGAGGCCUUGUGGUCCGCUCAGGUAGUUGUGGAGGGGAACGCAAAUCCACACGCGUCGCAAGAGAUGGUAUACAAGUCUGUUGCCUCUGAGCUGAUGAACCAUGUUGUGACGGGCUACAAUGGAUGCAUUUUUGCAUACGGUCAAACGGGUAGCGGUAAAACAUACUCAAUGAUGGGGACCCCAACUGAUUUUGGCGUUAUUCCGCGCGCUGCAAAGAGUCUCUUCACAGAAGUACGUGGUCUUGCCAGCAGUGGCGUCGAGUCCUGCGUGGAGGUUUCUUUCUUUGAAAUCUACAACGAGAAGGUACGUUGUCUGCUGUGCCCAUCAGUGGACGGCUUUGAAAACUCCACGCUGCGGGUGCGUGAACAUCCAAACUUUGGGCCUUUUAUUGAAGGACUCACGAAGUUUGUUGUUUCCUCAGAGGAGGAACUCUUGCGCCUUUUAAAUGAUGGUAACAAGGUUCGCACUUCAGGGACAACGGCGAUGAAUGCUUUCAGCAGUCGUUCUCACGCUGUCUUUGUUACUACAUUGACACAGAAGUGUACGAACGGCCGGCUUGUGAAAACAAAGACGUCGAAGCUCAAUCUUGUUGAUCUUGCGGGCAGUGAACGGGCAUCGAAGUCCAUGGCGACAGGGAAGCGGCUGACGGAAGGGGUAAACAUCAACAAGUCUCUCAUGUGCUUGGGAAAUGUCAUUAGUAGUCUCGCGGAGGAGCAGGAUUCGGGACGGCCAAGGCAUAUCCCCUACCGCGACUCCGUCCUUACGUGGAUUCUGAAGGAGAAUUUGGGUGGGAACUCCAAGACGGUUAUGCUCGCAACGAUCAGUCCAUCCUCUUUACAGUACGAUGAAACGAUGAGUACAUUGCGGUACGCUGAGAGGGCGAAAAGGAUUGUAAACAGGGCUGUUGUAAAUGAAAGUAAUAACAAUGAGGUGAUCGCCGCUCUUCAGAAAGAAAUUGAGCAGCUCAAGAGCCAACUACGGGGUGCAUCUGGCAGCGAUCGGGACAGUCUCUCAGAGCAGCUUGCUGCGAGUGAGAAAUUUCAAAAGGAGCUACAAAUGACAAUGGAUGAAAAGUUGAUGGAGUCAAGACGAUUGAUGGAGGAGCGAAAGAAGGAUAUGCAACGCCUAGAGGAACAGUUAGAGGCUCAACGGGGCGAGAUUGCGAACUUACGGCAGGACAAUGCGGAGAAGGAACGAAAGAUCCAUGAACUCCUGCAGAAGAUUGAGGUCGUGAAGAAGAGGUUGGGAGGAGGUGGCGACACAGAGGUCGAGGAGCUUCUGGAGCAAGUGGCAGUGCUGGAAUCAGAGCAAAACACUGUGUCUACCAAGCAUAUGAAUACAGCCGCGAAUGCUUCUCGAGUUGCGGACGAUACGGCCCUGCGACUAGAGAAUCUUGGUAAUGUGCGGCCACAGCUGAUAGAAGGCGGCAAAAUCACUGUACGUGCCUUGGCGAGGGCAUUUGAGGCUGUUGGGAGGGAGCUGCCGGCAGCGGGGAGCGCUGCAGCAUUGUGUGAAAUAAAGGGCAACGACUAUUUUGCUCAAAAUGUGAAUGCCGUUGAAAAAGAAUUGAGGGGAGAAAAUCCUUUAUCUUCUUUGACGACCGCUGAUUUUGAUGCUGGAAUUGACGAGGAUUUGCUCCUGGAGGAGCUGCUCGAAUUCGAUGAGGAGACGGUACAAGAGCAUGGUGAUCAAAUGCAGGAAGAGGGUACUCUGGAUAGCGCCGGUGUGGAAUGUCAACGGCGACUUUGA